AUGAAGCAUUCUAAUAACUCCAUUACUUCUUUUUCUAAAGGUGACGGAUUCGAAAUUAAAGUUUUUAGAUUGGUUAAAAAUAAAAUAAAGAUUGACUGCCAAAGGGUGAGGUUAUCAAGAGGUGAUGGUGGUAUAGAUAUGCUCGGCAAUUAUAAUCAUUACUUAUUAUUGUUUCAAUGCAAAGAUCUUACUAACAAAGUCGAAGUUGAUUAUAUCCGAGAUUUUGAAAGUGUUAUAUCAAGGUUCAAUAAGCAAACAACAAUCGGAAUUUACGUUACAUCAGCAAAGGAUGGUUAUUCGAGCGGUGCUAUGGGAAGAGCCAAAUCAUCAGAAUACCAUUUAUUAUUGACCAACAUACAUGAUCUGUGUCAGGACAUUCCAGAAUACUUGUCUAAAGUAUUAAAAGAUAAUUCUGUCAGGGAAAAAAUUUAUAGGAUAGAAGAAAAGAUAGAUGAGAUAAUUGAGAUACUUGAACGUCAGGAGAAGUUUAUACAUAAAAUUAAAAAUGAUCGAAUCAAAAUUGAAAAUAAGCAAAUUAAG